GACACUUCACAAAAGUGUGUAUUUUCGAAGCAUUUGAUUCAUUUUCCAACGAGAUGGCAGCUACUACCACCAAAUUAACUAAAAAUCAAGUUUCUGAGGGUCUCGACACAUUUGCAAAAUGGUUUCCAGAGGAGGCUGCAAGCAUAGAAAAGCAUCGCGACACCAUCAUUCGCCACAUUGUUGAAGGUAUGAGCCUACGUAUUUUAGCUCAUUUUAUAAGCACGAUGUGCAUUAUAAGUGAAUUUAUGAGUUACAUCAUACGAUUUGUGUCAUGAGCAGGCCACUGGUACAAUAUAGGUCUAAGUAAGUAUCAAGUCUUUACUUCAGUAUACAUUCGAACGUCUAAUCAAGUAACAACGGAUAAUACCAUUUUCUCUAUAUAACGGACGAUUAUAUGCAAAUCUGUUUAGAGUUAACCUUGAGAAUAAAAUACGCCUCCCGUUCCUCUUUUGAUAGAUUGUGUUAAUUGGAACUUUGGAAAGCUUACUGUAGGCGAAAAGUGUGCAUAAUAUGAGAUGAUAGCCAAGUGUUUUUAUCUCCACUAACGUCCAUUUCAGCUGAACAAUUAGGUUAUAAAAGUUCCCAAAGUUUAGGAAAACGUUUAGACAGCGGAUCUCUCCAAGCAGCGGAAAAAAACGUUUUGAGUCGCUAGAUGUCCGUUAAACUUACUUGUACCGGGGGUGCGCACAAUGAGCGCACUCCUAUAAUUCUUUGUAGGUUAUUCCGGAAGAAGUGAUACUAUUCGCCUGAGCUUUUAUGACUUUUAAUAUUUUUCAUCUGCGGUCAUGACUGUGAAAAGAAACUUCAGAAAACUCAAAGUUGUAAGAACUUUUGACGUGGACUUCAAACUCUUAGCCAGCACCGUAUAUUGCACAGUACAUCAUCAAUACUGAAAUAUAGUCCAAAUGUAGAUAAAUAAAAAUAUUAUCGAUUUUAGGAGUUUCACUUGUUUUGUAUUUUGUUAAAAUACUCAGUGGUUCUAAAAAUUUAUGAAUAUGUUUGAUACAGUAAUUUUAUCAACUUUAGUAUAAAAUAUUUUGCAUGAAAUCCUGAGUAUUUGGCAAUAUGAAAGUAAAUAUUGCGUUUUUCGAAAACUAUACUGCAGUCUCGAUCGUAUCCAACCUCCGUUACACUUCAUGCAACACAUUAAUUGUAUAUUGGCCCGGUGUGGCGGUCUGAAAUUGUCAUCGUGCUGAAAAUGUAUUCAAGCUAGUGCGCAUGCUCCAAGCGGCGCCUGCAAAACUAGCACGGGUACAGCGGUCUGCCAUUGUCAUCGUGCUGAGAAUGUAUUGUAGUAUUUUACAGUUUUUACUACCAAAAUCCACGCAAAAUGCAAGUACAGUAACUAAAAUUUUAGCCAGAAGCUUAACAGAUGGGAAGAUUAUAAAAGGAUUGUUUAACUCGUUUACCAAUCAUGAUCAUUUGAAAGUCAAGUACUAAAUAUGUACGUAUCGCAUAUAAUUUACUAAACUUUUAUAGAGGUGGAUUGCAUGAAAAUACCCAUCAGUUUACAUUUACAGAUUGUAUAUUAAAAAUAACGAAAGCAUGCAGACAUUUACCAAUAAUUUGUUGUUAUAUAGAAAUUUAAAAAUGUAAGAAAUAGCUGAAAUUUAAACUAGGAAAGGCCAAUAUGUUUAUACACCAGGCAAUUUUAACUGCAACUUUAUGCCUGUUUCAUUGUGCAAGACUUUUCUCUAAUAGGUACAGUCAUCUGGCAUUAGACAGAGAAAAAUAAUGGGUAUGAUCUGCCAUUAUCAUGAAAUUGCCUAUACUCCUAUGGGAAAAUAAUUGAAACCAGAAAUAAUUAGGACAAUGUUAAAACAAGACCAUUUUUGUAGCAACCUCUUGCAAUACAAUUUCUGACAGAGCUGUGAUCUAAAAACUUUAAGGUAGUUGCAGGAAAAUUCCAAGCACAGCCCAUGGUUUAUUCUGCUAACAAUUCUCAUCAAAUUUCAAAUAUCUUGAUGUAUGUUAUGCAGGCCUCAAUAACAUUUUUUCGUGCCUGCAAGCGAAAUUCAAAAUGUGCCUGCAAAACACAUAUGCCUGUGAGCAGCACUCACACAUUUUAUCGAUGCCUGAUGUUAUGCAAAGAAAGUGUUGGCAGAGUAUACCGUGGAUCAUGCUUAGAAUUUUUCUGCGAUUUCUUUGGAAAAUUGCCAGGAAUGAGAGAGAGAAGCAUAACACUUGUGCAUGACGACACAUUCUGAAUGGUGUAAAUUAUUUUCAAUUAUGUGGUGUGCACUUGGAGAGCAAGACUAAAUUGACAUGAAAAUUUUCCUUUAGCCCAUUGAGUGGUAGCAACUUCCCUUGAUAAAUAAAAUUUUCUACCGUUAGACAUGAGAGUAAAAUAAAAAGUGGGGCACAUUUCCACUUAAAGGUUAAACAAGCCUGAAUGCAUAUCAACAUUACAGAAGAAAGAAUAUGAACACAAAAAUAUAUUUAUAAUGCUGAACCUGCUAUAAUCGAUUUUAUUUACAGCAAGCAAUUAUUUACAACCACAACAAAUUUAUUUACAGCAAGCAAUUAUUCAUAGUCACACCAAAAGAAUGGGAUAAUUAUGAUUAAUGAAAUAUUUACAACUUACUUACAUUUCCACACAAUAUUGAUACUCUUCUGUGAUCUAUUUAUAAUUUUUACAAACGAAUAAAGUGUUCUUGUUUAUCCUUUUCGGAACCCUUUCACAUCCUCGAUGGAACCAAUCCUGGCAACGAUCGCAUGCAACCAUGAAAACACCAGGGUUGUAUGGUUGUCGACAGUGGCAGAACACUUCAUGAUCAGUAGUUUCCACUCUGUGAUGCCUCUUGUGUUUUCGAACAACUGCCAAUUGUGGGAAAAGUGCCAGAUCUCCUUGCUGGAAGCACAUACACAAAUGAUCCCUCAUACUCUCUUGCUCACAGUAACAGUCUUGUGGUAAAAUGCCAUAACACAGACUUGUUGCCGCUGCGAUUGCAAAUAGCCCACAAUCGCAAGUACCAGUUUGUUUCUGCAUAUCAGCCCACUGGAUUGUAAGAUGCUUAGAUGUUGGCAUUAGCAUCUUUGCAAUUUGCUUGUGAAGUUUUGCUUUGCUUGCAGAAUCUAGGUUGUUGUAUAGUGAGUCGUAUAAUGUUACAGUAUCUUUAGGGCAGCCAAUGUUACUGAGGGUGAUCCAAUGAUUCCCACAAACAUAAUUUACAAUUUGCACAAAGUCUUCUUUUGAAGUACCCACCGAUUGGCACUCUUCUGAAAUGAAUACCCAUGUUGCCUGCAAGCCUCCAAUGAGGGGGAAAUUCUCUGCGAGAAUAGCCUGUGCAUUGUCAAUGUGUUCAUCUGUCAACCAUCUCCACUUUCAAUCACAGGUAAAAGUUUGGGAAAGUCUUUGUAUUUGAGAGCUGGUGUGACUGGCAAUGGUCAAAUUGGUCUUUUUUUCUCCGCUUUUUUUCACCACAGCAGACAACAUAAUUAGUUUCGCUUUUGCUGGCCUGAAGUUGAGCCUUGGGAACUUGCUCACUUGUGACAGUGUCAGUUUGGCCAGUGGAUUGGCAUGGCUCUUCUUCCACUUCUUCUGCCUUGAUUUCUUCAAAGCCUGGUUCUAGCGGAACAGCUGGAGAUGAUUUUGGCUUGAGCAAGUCACUAGCAGUAUGAGGUUUAAUUUGCUCAUAAGGCACUUUGACAUUCAGCACAUCCCCAUUUAGCUUUGCCAACGAGACACGUUGAUGGUGAUCAAUCUCAACAAUCCUAGAGAAAAACAAGUAACACUUAUUAUCUAUAGUGAAAUCAUUUACAUCUAAUGUUCUUUGGAUGAUUGCAGGCACUGGCAGCUUAUAGUUAACCCAGUCUUUCAAGAAGGUUGAUUUUUCAGGCUCCAGGCACAAUGUCCGACCAAUUUGGCUGGAAAAACUAUGAUUUGGUCGGAAGAUCCAAUGUCCAACUGUUAAUUCAGGCUUUGAUGUCCAAGUGGUUCUCAUGAGAAAAAUUUCACUCUUAUAAAAUAAUCAUGAUAUUUUUUGUCAUAUUACCUGUAUGGGCCAGUCCACAAAGCAUCUAACUUUCCACCUUUGCGGCUUAUAUUCUUCAUAACUUUGCGGAGAACAAGGUCACCAACUGAAAGCUGGAAAACCUUGACCCCCUUGUUUUUUCUCUUGGCAAAAUCCUUUUUCUGUUUUGCUUGGGCUUUUUCAAUGUUGGCUUGAACUGUAAAAUUUAAAUCAAUUUAACCCAUUAAAGCACACGACUCUCCCCUUGACAAGGAUUAAAAAAAAUACCUGUGGUUCUGGUUCCCGACCGACCCUAUAUUUUCUGCCGACCCUAUUAUUUUUUCAUCGCGAUUGACCGUGCGACCCUAUUUUCUCCGGGUGGUUGCGGGCUGCCAGGGGCGUACGUAAAGGAAAAAAUUAGGGGGGGUGGGCGGAAAGAAAUUUGCCCGACUUUUUCGGAUUGUGCGCACAUUGUCAAAAAAAAUUUCAGAAGAAACUUUCCAAAAUUGUUGUCGAUUGGGGCGGGGGAGUGAUUACGAAAAAUUCCUAUUAGAUACACCUGUAGCAUAUUUCCCACAAAAUUUACAGAAUUUGUCCCAUUUAUUUUUACAACAAGCGAAUAUUGCCCAACUGUGAAGCGAAUAUUGCCCGACUGGCUUUGUUUGCCCAACAAUUGUUUUCUGAAAGUUAGCUCAUAAUAGUUACAACUUAAUUUUAAUCAAAUAUUGUUCCUACUCAUUGAUAUCUUCGGUACUGUAUGUUACCAUAUCAAAACACAAUUGCUGUUACGAUAUACAUAAAAGACAAACAUCAGGAACAAUAAUAAUACACACCUGUUGGUCAACACAGUUCAUCAUUUCUGAUCGGUCAUAUGUCAUCUCUUCCAAGAUUUCAGAUGAGGGAGUUUCCAACUCAAAAAUCCCUUCCUCUUCUGCCAUAUUUUCCAUCUAUAAUUAGUCAUUGUUUUAAACACUCAUAAAGGUUCAUAUAAUGUUUUGUGGUGCAACAUAAAGCUUGAAUGCAAAUGUGACUGAGGGCAGAUGAAAAUUAAGACUGCAAUCGGGGAUGUUUGUCUCAUGGGUAGUUUGUCCAUAUUACAACAUUUUAUGGGUUCAAAUAAUUACAGUACCUCUAUUGGUGUCCUGGGAUGUCGACCAAACAUGAGGAAGAAUGGACUGAACUUUGUUGAACCUUGUUUCUGUGUCCGAAUUGAAAAUGCGACUUCUUCCAAAAAGUCAUCCCAGUUGUUUUGAUGCUCAUUGGCUAAUUUUGCCAGUCGCACUUUGAGUGUCUGGUUGGUCCGCUCAUCAAGACCAUUGGUGCCUGCAAACCUCUGUGUUGACCUAUUGAAAACACAAGCAAGCUUGUAAUAGUUUAAUCUCACCAAGUUAUAGGUGCAUGCAAAGUUAUAGGUGCAUGCAAAGUUGCAAACAUUUGCAAAAUCCAACUAGAGGGCACUCGGAGACUGCAUACCUCUGCCAGAAAUUUUAGGGAUGUAUCAUGCAUUUUGUCUAAUUUUCACUCUAGAGAGGUGAAUUUGUUGUCACAAAGAGAAAAAUCUUCACUGGUAAUGUGAUUGGUCAGCGAAAAAGUUUGCCACAAAAUAGACACAUCAGUUUCUACUUUUGUACUGUUUGCACAAACAAAUUGACCUAGUGGAAAAUGGGCUUUAAGGAUGUAUUAUUGCACGUUAAUUAUUUGGGGAGACAUGGGCAUUACCUUAGCCACAAAUUCACGUCCUUGGUCUGACAGGAGUCUGCAUGGAGCACCCCAUGUACAAGAAUAAUCAAACAAAACAUUUUAGCAUUAUCCUAUGUUAUUACAUCAAUUGUACUAGAUGCCUUAAUAAAGGCUGUAUUCCACUUCAAGCAUACCGUACCUAAUCAUUGUAAUGGUAAGCUUUGCAUAUAGAGAGCUACUAGCCUACAUUUCAAGCACUGUACAAACUUUAUUUACGGUACUUGCAAACAUAUGUUUUGAUGCAGCGUGCUAUCCCAGCAGCUGCUUUUUCUUUUAAAGGAUAGAAGUCCACAAAUUUGGUGUAGUAAUCAGUGAACGUAAGGACAUACUUGUACCCAGCAUCAGUAGUAGGAAGAGGCCCUUGAAAAUAUAAUAAAAAUAAUUUGACAAUCUUUAAUAAAAAUAGAUAUAAUUAUAUUAAUUAAGAUCAACAUUCAGAAAUACUUGAGUAUUCUUAUACGUAAGUAUUCUAUUUCGCAUUUGAGUUACAGAUUCACGAAAAACUAAUAUUUCAAAAACAGAUUUGUCACAAAUUCAUUCACAUGAUUUAAGGUAUGAAGUUGAAUUUAAGCAUCUUUAGAAGCAUACCAAUAAGAUCCAUUCCAACCAAUUCUAAUGCCUUGUUUACUUUAAUUGAUUUAAGCUCUGGAGCUUGGGUUUUCAGUUUCUCAUAUCGUUGGCAGCGAUCACAAGUUUUACACUAAGAAGUAACAAAUUGCAUAAUGGUAAAAAAAUGCAUGAAACAUUUUAAAUUGACCUUGGAAAUGCUACACAGGGCUUCGGGUAAGAACAGUGCAUUGUGGCCUUUUGUGGGAUACUUUUGGACCAGUAAUUCAUAGUUUAAAAAUUAUGCAACAUAAGAACCUCUUAUCUAAAGUGUUUCGUCACUAAUAAAGGCAAUUUACACUUGUUUUCAUUUUCCCUAAUGCUUAUCAAGAUAAGCCUGGCGUUAGGCAGAAAAAAAAUAAUAAAGUAGGGUCCAUCUGGGUGCAUUGCCACUUAAAGGGUUAACCAAUUUUCCUUUUAUGUUACUUACAUAUUCAACUACAUCCUCCUUAAUACCAUUCCAAAUAUAGUACUGGGAUACUUUUGCCAGAUUGUUAUUUAUUCCACUGUGCCCACCCAUUGGAUUGGAAUGGUACUGAUGUAGAAUCUCUGAAAUCUCCUCGACAUCCAUCACAACUUUUUUUCUCAAAUUUUUCUUUGCCCCAACAUAGAUAAGUUCUUUUCCUUAAACACAACAAAAAAUAGUUUGGUAUAUGGGACUGGGUCAUUCAAGAAUAAAACCCUGCAGACGAAGCUGGAUGUUAACCCCCUUGGCUCUACCCCUUGGGAUGGCCUCAGAAGUAUGUACAUAUUGGGUCAUUCCCUAUUGCUUUAUCAAUAUUAACGGGUCUUAAUUCCUUUGACAAAGUUUUCCUGUUAACAAAACUCCUUCCUAUACUGCUGACAGUAAACAUGCUAUACUAGGUACUCGAACUUUGCUUGUUACUGUUAAAAUUUGCACUUAGCAACAUUGGCGAAUGUUGUUCAAUCAAUUGAAAUCUGCAGUAUUUCAAGUUCUAGGAAAACAAUUUGGUUCCCAUAUAAUGUUACUUUCGACAGAGUGUGCUCAACUAUCUUUAGCUACACAGUGUAGCCAAAUAAAUUAACUGUACUGGUAAAAUAUUAAAUAUCUUACUUUUAAUGUCCCAUUGGUGAGUUUUGGCUUGGUUUUUUAUAUUCCUCACUUCUUUUUUUGUCAAUCCAGACGGGCACACAUUCGUGGUUAGAUAUGUGAUCAAGUUCUGGCAUUGCAUCCUGUGCUUUUCAAGUCUUUCAUCUCUACUAGGAUGUGGUGGCUCUUCGUCCCCACUACCAUCGGGUGCACUGUUUGAUACAUAUAAUAGUACUUGGUGGCAGAGUAUCAAAUGGUUCAAGGACCUCUGGGUUGUCUUGUGUACUAUCAACACUGUUUUUCUUUGGAGUUGCAACCAUUUUAUGCCCACUAGUAAAAGAUUAAUCUAGGGUUUAUAUUACUAGAAAAUGAUGCCUACAGGCACUUGAUGGCCGAGUGUUGACCUACUGCAUACAUGUUGCAAAACAAUUUUUUCCAUAAAAAAGUAGACGUCAAAAUCGCAUUAACAGACUUAACAAAGUUAGUAAUACGUGAAGUCAGAAAAGGCAUUUAUUAGGCUUGAAGAAUAAAAGCGAACCAUUACAAUUGAUACAGAAAUAUAUACAGAAAGAUAUACAAUAAUUGUCUGAAGACACGUGCAGUCGUGCACAAGAUUUCAUGGUCAAGAUUGCAAAUACACAAGUAGAAACAAAGGUUGAAUGACCAUAGAGUUACCAAAUUUAUGACAAUAAAUACCCUUACCUUUACUGAGAUUUACCAAACGUUGUCUUGGUCAAAUUAUUUUCCAAGAAACGAGAGAGAUAGAAUUCCACUUGCAUUCGAAGAAUUUCGAGGAAAGAAUGCGCGCAAUUUCAACACGGCAAAUUUACCGCAGGCACACACGCGGGCGCAUGUUGACACUGCGCAUGUGCAAAACAAUUUCAGCACGGAACAAUCUCAGAUCGCCACACCGGUAUAAUAAAACGUAAAAUGGUAGCAUUUUUUGCCAUUUCUUCGGUAGCUAGUGGUCUUAUUGAAUAGGGACAAAAGGCAACCUUUUGGAUUUUGGAUGGCCAAAUCACCAAAAAUAAAAAAAUACGAUCAUGACAAUUAAUAGGCAGAAUUUCUGGGGGGGAUGCCCUAUCAGCACCCCACCCGGUAUUUUCAACAUAAAAAUAUCCCAGUACAAGUAGGGUUAACCUUAUAUGGAUGUUUCACUGUAGAAAUUUAUUGAAUUCUGCUCAAUAUACAGUACUAUACAAUAACCGCGCUAAAAAUUAGCUUGAUAUAUAGUCGGAACAGUCGACUCAUGCCCAACGUUUUUCAUCAUUAUUAUUAACAGGUACCAGUCCAGAUGUUGGUUCUCCUCUGCUUGUUCAGACUCAUGCCAAAGUGUCUGCCCCUCCUCCAGCAGAAAACCUGUCUCUCACACCUUGCGCAGAAGCCAUUGGGGUAUUUCUUGCAGAUGUAAUUAUCUUUGUUCUUGGAUUGGCGGGGCUGCGUGUUCCUUUUUCGAAUAGAAUAGUACGCGCGCUUGUGCGCGAAUUGGGAGAAGAAAGAUUGCGUGGAUUCGUCGAAGCGAUACGUAAUUUUAAUGAAGCUUUGGGGAAGUGGGAAAAGGCUAAAGCGCUGUUUGCUAUCAUUGUCGAGAUCUAUAAUGUUCGAGGUUUCGUUAUUGUCUUCAAAGUGCUUUAUGAUGAAAUGACAUGGCAGGAUUGGCUGAUAACAAGCGUAAAAGCCUCUGCUCUGAUUAUUCUGUGGGUUGGCACUGACGGAGGUAUCUUCAUUGCACAAGCAGUUUUGGGCAUCAUGGGCGCCAAAGCGUUGAUCAAAGAUGGCAUCGAAGCUGCCAAAGUUUGCUCCUGCACUUAAUGUUAAACUUUGAAUAAACUUAUAUUGUAGAUGGUAGAGAACUGGCAUGCCUGUUUGAUAAGAAACUUUUGUAACAUGGCCAGUAAUCACGGACAUGAUUAUUCUACUACUUCCUUACUAACUUUGCAUAUCAUUAAUACAUAACCCGUUGCAAUGUGGCUUCGAUAGCAUAGUAAAAUAUAUUACCCGAUGCUUUAAAUCGCAAAAUCAGAGAAUAUUGGUAGUCGUUUGCAAUUUGCCUCGAUUGCUUGUUGCAGAACACGGUCUGUUGAAAUAUAUCGUGUGGUGUUUGCCUGGUGUAAGUUACUGCCAAUUCUGCAUUUCCGUUUUUUUCUAGUGGCUAUGGUGCGGUAUUAUUAUAUAUCUAUAUAUAUAGAGUUAAAUAGACAAAUUUCGUACAAACUAACCUCUGUCAAAUACCGAAAAUACAGAAUGGUCACGAACUAAAAUCAAGUCAACAUUACGCUAAAUACUUCGACAGACUUUGAUUUAUAGCCAGCGACUGAGGCAAUUUGCAAACGACCUACCAUAUUCUCUGAUUUUGGGAUUUACUGCAUCCCGUAAUAUAAUGUACUGUUUACUGCAGAAGCCAUAUUUCAACGUGAUAUGCAAAUUACAAAGGAAGUAGAAUAAAUCAUGUCCGUGAUUUCUGGCCAUGCUUUGCGCAUUUUACAUAUAUGCUACAUUUAUACUACUAUAGCCUUUUUAUAUUCAAUGUCCACUAAUACAAAAUUUGUGUUGAUU